GAUCGGUGUUCGCGUCGACGCUAACCUUGGUGUGCUGUUUGGUGCGUUGAGAGAGACAUCUUAUCAAUGCACCUCACAGCUUUCCCGUUGCUCUCUCGACUCGCAAAGGACACUCUCCGACAUUGCGUCUGACUUCACUACCGCCCAGCUCCUGCGACGAGCGCAUUAACGCUGCGAGAAGUCACAUCACCAACGCUAUGGACGACAAAGAAGCGUCGCAGCCGCCUGUGGUGCAAGAUGUAGUCGACGAGAGUAGUCUCAACGAGCAAGACAAGGACGUGAUGGCGCAGAUGGGGAAGAAGCAGCGGCUACCCCGUCGCUUCAACAUCAUCACGCUCCUAGGCUUAUCACUGACCUUUCUGUCGAGCUGGGAAGCUGUCGGAGCCUCGAUGGGCGUGGGUCUGAUGGCCGGCGGCCCAGUCGCGCUGGUCUAUGGUUUCACGUUCGCGUUUUCUGGUACUCUCGCGUGCGCCGCGAGCGUGGCGGAGAUGGCGAGCAUUUGCCCGAUCUCCGGGGCGCAGUACCAUUGGACGUACAUGUUUGCGCCGACGAGGUGGAAGGUGUUUUUGUCAUUCAUGCAAGGAUGGGUGACGGUGUUUGCGUGGCAGGCCACUAUUACCUCGUUGACUUUCUUGAUGGCUGGUCAGCUGCAAGGUAUUGUCGUGUUUUCGAAUUUAUCUUACACACCUGAGCGCUGGCACCUUACGCUUAUCAUGUGGCUUGUCGUACUCAUAGCGUGGGUGCAAAACGUCUGGGGAAUUCGGUUGCUUCCUAUGUUGGAGCUGUUUGCAGGGUGUUUCCAUGUUCUAAUGUUCUUUGUCUUCUGUAUCGUCAUGCUGGCCAUGGGUCGAAAUGCAAGCGCCGACUUCGUCUUCACUGGCUUCGUCAACGGAACUGGAUGGGAAAACAACGCGGUCGCAUGGUUCAUCGGCCUGUUACCAAGCAUCUGGUGUGCCAUCGGUUUCGACGGCGCAAUCCACCUCAGCGAAGAAACCUCCAAUUCGCCCCGAUCCAUUCCGAAAGUCAUCAUCCACACCGUUCUCAUCAAUGGCUCCCUUGCAUUUCUCUUCUUGCUUACCUCCUUAUUCAGCAUCUCCAGCAUCUCCGAUGUUCUGAGCACCCCUACCGGAUACCCGUUAAUUGAAAUUAUCCAUCAGGCCACACGAUCUUCAGCUGCGACAACGACUCUUUAUGCUUUCAUACUCGCGAUAACCAUGGCCGCCAUGUUCGGCACGCUCGCCUCGGUAUCUCGCAUGACCUGGGCGUUCGCCCGAGACAACGGCCUACCCUUCUCGCGGUACCUACAACACAUCGACUCCGUACACCAGGUACCCACUCGGUCCAUCACACUCGUGUCUGCCAUAAUAAUCCUCCUGUCUCUGAUCAACAUUGGCUCCACAACUGCACUAUCCGCCAUACUCUCCCUUAGCACGAUCGCGCUCUACGUGUCCUACAUAAUCCCAAUAACCUGCCUGAUCUUCCUCCGCCUCCGUGUUCCAGUCACUAUAUACACCUCAUCGAUUGGCCACGCAGACGUGUCAGAGGACCGUUUGGUAUUCGGGCCGUGGAAUCUCGGCCGCUGGGGAUUGGUGGUAAAUAUCUACGCCGCAUGCUAUGCCACUUUACUAGUGCCGUUCAUGGCUCUGCCAACGAGCUUGCCGUUGACCCCGAUGACAAUGAACUAUGCGGGUCCUGUUUCCGGAGGUGUUUUGCUGUUUGCUGUUUGCGAUUGGCUUUGGCUAGGGAAGCGAAGAUAUGCAGGGCCGAAGAGAGACAGGUAAUGGAGGAGGCAUGGGUCGACGAGGUUACGUAUGUACGAACGAAUGAAUAUGUGCAAAGAAUCUACCUCGUCCAGAACU